AAUACUUGAAGUUUCAAAGCUGUUGCCGCUGCUGCUGAGAAAUCCGAUCGCUCCACUCGCUGGCCCUCCGAUCCGAAGAAGCUGGAGAGCCGAAGAUCGCCAUGGCGGUGCCAUGGGGUACGACUCUAUGGGUGGCGAGGCUGGUGCUGAUAGCUCUCAGGGGCUGGCUCGCCUCGUGCCUCACCGUCGCCGACGACGUCGCCGCCUCCCUCCGCACCGGCGACAUCGGCCCUUUCCACGUCGGGUGAUCCCGAUUCCGCGGAGCGAUCCCUGAUUAAACUAAAAAAUCAGAUGACAAUGUGCCCUAUAAAUGUGGAUAAGUGAGAUGUCAUGGACUUCGAAGGAAUGAUUUUACCUGUAGCUCCUGUACAGUGGGUGUGGUUGAGAGUGAAAGCAGUUUGGCAAGUGACAUAAUUGGAACAGGUGUUUCAUAUUUUGAUUGUGUUCGUUUGGUUGGCUGAUGUAACUGGUUCUGUUAUAGUUAUGUUUGUGCAUUUUCAUCGCUAGAUCAUUAUGUUGCUUCAGUACUUAGCAUCGUUCGAAAUCGAAAGGUGCUUUAUCUGAUGUGGCCCUCUAGCUGAUGUGGCCCCAUAGGCAGUGGACAAAGUCUUUGAUUGUGCAUGGGUGAGAUUUUGAUGAAUUCUGGAAGUUAGAUCACCUUUAUUCUCCACCU